CUCUCACUGCCGCGCCGUCAACACCGUCGCCGCGCUGGCUCCCCCGCCCGUGCCACGCCGCCUCGCUCGCCCGGAGGCGCCGCCCACGCCAAGGAGUUCGGGAUGGAGGGAGAUAUACAGAAAAUGGGAAGACGACCGUCUACGUGGGCCUGCGCGCGCACCGUCUCAACCUUCUUCCUUGGCUUUGUCUUGGGCCUCGUCAUUCACAUCUUCGCCAGUCUGUCUGUCGAACUAGCGAGAGAAAAUGCCCUAAAUAAUGACAUCACCAAUGACACCACCGAAACGCAGGUGGGCGGCCCGUGGGCGUGGGGGCUAUCCUGGGGAAGGAGAGCGGCUCUGACCACACAGGGAGGCGGAGAUGCAGGCCGGGAAAGCAGUGUGAGCAGCCAAGACGCAAGCCUCGAGGUCCCGCCAGCCGCUCCCCGCGUCCUGUGUUACGUGCUGACUGGUCCGACGACGCACAAAUCCGCAUUGAAUGUACGGGACACGUGGGGCCGGCGCUGCGAUGCCAUGGUUUUCUUCAGCACGAAGGAGGACGCAGAGCUACAGCCGGAGGUCCUGAAGGUGCAGGAGGGCUACGGCUUCCUGUGGGCGAAGGCGAAGGCGGCCCUCGAGCACCUGCACCGCCGCUACCCCGACUACGACUGGUACAUGAAGGCUGACGACGACACCUUCGUCAUCGUCGAGAAUCUGAGGCUCUUCCUGAAGGACCUCCAGCCGCAGGAGCCGGCCUACUACGGCGUCAAGUUCCGGCAGCACGUCAAGCAGGGCUACAUGUCGGGCGGCGGAGGCUACGUCCUGAGCAGGGAGGCCGUCAGGAGGUUCGUGACGGAGGCGCUGACGAUGAAGGACCAGGCGAAGUGCGCCAACGAGGCCGUCAGGGGCGCCGAGGACCUCCUGCUGGGCCAGUGUCUCGAGUCGGUGGGCGUGCGGGCGGGGGACAGUCUGGACGCGGGCGGCAAACCUCGCUUCUUCUCCCAUAACCCUCUGUCGCUGUUUUACAAGGCGCCGCUCGUCAACAGGCUGCACUGGUACUGGAGGUACAUCUGGCACAAACACGAUGUGGGCCCCGACUGCUGCAGUCCCCACCUGAUCAGCUUCCACGACGUCGACGCCCGUAUGAUGUGGACGCUGGAGGUGCUGCUGUACCGCAUCCACAUCCACCACGAGCUGCAGCCGAAGGGGGGCGGCGCCGCCGAGGGUCUGCGGAGGGCGUGACUUAAAGGCGUCUUUUGCUACUACAUCACUUCUUCUCCGUUUCCUUACGAUUAUUUUUAUCUUCAUUAUAGUGUGGUUCGUUCUUCUUGCUAUUAUUGUUGUUGUCAUUGUUUUUCGUGUUCUUUUUUUUCACUUUCUUCUUCUUCUUCAGCG